UCAGACGUCAACUACUGGCGGCGACACCGCCAACUCGUGUCCUCUCUCUCUCUGUCUGUAUCUCGUGUAAUAUAUAUAUAUUAAUUACACCCUCCUCGACAAGUCUACUCCACCUGUUCUCGUGGAUCGUCAUUACCGUUGUGACCAUUAUUUGUUGUUUUUCUUUCACUUUCAGCCGAAAAGUAGUGCCUCUGCAUAUUUACAUGGUCGGCAAGGGUAGUCGCGCGCGUGUGCCUGUACAACCAUUGUACGACCCUCGUGUGACGUUCAAACGGAAUAUUAUGUGCGCUGUCUUCAACAAAUAAGAACAAGAAGAAGAAGAAGAAGAACAAGUGUACACACCGAUACGGCAUUUUGUUACUCCCCCUCCCUCCCUUCCUCUCUCUCUUCUACGGAGUAUCGAUUAUAAUGCAUCCAUGAGUAGCGAUGCAACUUGUUCAGUUCUCAUUUUUUCUACUCUCCGCACCCCGGCUGCCUUGAUUACAUCACUUGGUCGUGGUUUCACUCAAGUAUACAUUAACCCAAGUGAUACAACCGUACGUAUGGUCAUACUGGGCACGCCAGGCGCUGGACUUCAACGCAACAUAUGUAGGUAGAAGGAGAAAGAGAGCACGGAAAGAAAAGAAAAUCAAAGAAGUUUGCCCUUGCCAGCGUUGCGGAGAGAGAAAGAGACGGUAAUAGGCAGCUCACCCCACCCCCUCGGGGUAUAUUCCUCUUCUAUACCAACCGCCCUUCCCCGUAUACACUACAACCCCCCCCCACCCCGACUCAACCCUCUCGCUAAAGCGAGCAGAGCCGGAAAAGGUUGUAGCGCUGCAGCCACGAAGCACCGAUCACCGUUCUCGUCCUCGCCGUCUUCUGCCACCCUCUUGUUUCGACUUCCAAGGGACCGUCAUGAUCGGCUCUUUUUGGAACCUCUGCCGCGCGUGCCCCGCCAUGCCUUUAGACAAGCUCCAUUCCGAAUACAGGAGCACGUACACAUGGCACGAGUAUACCAGCGGACAGGAGCACACUGUCGUCAGACGGGCACCACAGGCGCCGUCGACGAUUGAUACGAGCGCUAAGCUGCAGUCGGCCAAGUCCAUCGAGGAUGAUAAUAGCGAAGGGACGAGUCUGGAGCCGCCGUUGCCGAGGCGGAAGAAGAACCCGGAACUUGCCUACAGGACGCACGAGUUUAUCAACGCGGCGGCGACGGACGGCGGUGGUGGUGGUGACGGAGGCGGGGGCGGCGGGAUCGAUGCCCCCGACUCCAACGUCGUAGCUGACAAAGUCAGAGAGGUGACAAGGGUUUUGCCGGCGUCGCAGCUGAGCAAGGCGAUCUCGCGCAUAAGCACCGAGUACCGGUUGCAGUUCGCGUGGCCGCGCCGACAACAACAGGCACAAUUGACGAACGGCGACGUGGUCGGGGCCCCACCCAAAGACGACUCGGGGACGGCGGAUCAACAGCCGAGAAAGAGCCUGAGCAUGGGCGCCCUCAGGCAGGGCUCGAUCAUUAUCGGGGGGACGGUGGCGCCAGCGCCCGUGCACAAGAAGAGACAACCGGCCGGCCCAGAUCACAGACGAGCACACCAGGGGCGUGACGCCACCCAAGCCUCGGAGCUGGAGCCGCUGGUCAUGACGGAGGGAGCACUGCCGGAGGCCGACGAGCACGACGAGCCCGACGCAACAGCAGCGCCAGCGACAACCGCGAUCGGUAACAGCACUACCGAUCAGAGCCUCAAGAAGCCCGUGAUCGGCCGAGCGGUGAGGAUAACCGAGCAGCUGCUGCCCAUGCAGGAGAACAGGUACAGAAAAACGAGACAGGAGAAGCCCAUGACCGCGCCCGAGGUGCUGGAAAUCAGGCGCGAGCUCAAACGCCUGGCCGACGAGUACAAGCACCGCGACUGGGGCGGCGGAAUAGCCGGCGACGAGGACGAGGCGACCCUGUGGAAGCGCGUCUCGACGAACCACGCGCUCAACGCCCUGUCGCUCGCCCGCUCGGCCACCAAGGAGGAAAAGGAGAAGGAGAACACGAGAAAGGUGGCCCCAAUCACGCUGACGACGGCACAGGUACAACAGCCACCAGCCGGCAGGCCGUCCUCCGUACAAGCUCGCCCCAUCUACCAGACCGCCGCGCUACUCGACGACCUCAAGCCCGACAACGACAGAGCACUCGCUCGGGCGCGUAAGGACUUUCUCAUACGCCACCACCUCGAUCGUACUACUGGUGCUGGUGACGGUGCGCUGCUACCCUCUCCGACGAGGGAGAAGCUGGAGCCCGUCGCACCACGGCGUCGUGACGAGUCGGUCGAGGCCCAGCCGCGCUCAAAGUCUAGUCCAAAGAACAGCCCGCGCAGCGCGCGCUCUCAGAGCGUCGGGCCGAGUGUGGUCGAGCGCCGUUCGCCCAAGCGACGACCGGCGUCUGUCGUCAAGGAUGCCAAGGAUAAGGAAAAGGAGAGCCGAGAUAAGAGUUCGGAAAGGCAUCCCCGAUCGAUGACGGCCGAGCCGCAGGUAAACGGACAGCAUCCGGCCCCGCAGCAGGAAGAGGAAGAGGCGUCGCCCCCGACGGUCGUCCACCCUCAGCAGCACAGAGACGGCUGGAUAGACGACGAGCCGGUGGUGAAAAGCCCGCCGGAGCCGACGCGCGUCAAGUCGCCCGAGCAAAUGAUCAUGCGCUCGCCCGAACCGGUCAACUGGACCGUACCCCUCGACACCGGCAAAACCUUCACUGUCACCCAAAACGUACGGGAGGGCGAGCUACCGACACGAGCGCACAGCGAGGCAAGGAACUGGAUAGGGCCAGGAGCGGCCAUGGCGUGCCAGUCCGCGCCCCCGGAACUAGACGGCCGUCAAAAAGCAGCAGAGUACAACAACCAGCAGCAGCCACCGGAGAGGAAGAACGGGGAGUUGGGGAGCUUCGCCGGGACGAACGGGCACAAGGGGGACUUUCCGGCGGAGAAGGACGGCUCGUUGACAGCGACCAGCAAGGAUGAGUCGGCUCGGGGGAACCAGCGUUACCAGGACGAGUUCGAUUCGAGGGCUAAGAAGGGCCCGGACGGCACGACGGCCGACCCGCUAGAGAUGGCGCGCAACCGCUUCGGCAAGUUCUGGGGCUCAUCUGAGCAAUAAAAAGGGGAUGAAACAAAAAAAGAGUCAAGCAAGCCAGCCAUCACCACCGCCACCUACCCAACCAAUCAACAACAACCAUUCCUCUCUCUCUCUCUCUCUUUUCCUUUUUUUUUUCUUUCUUCUCAUCCUAUCAACAAACAAUAAUUUAUCUCUACCAUCCCUCUCCGUCACUUUUUUGCUUUACGUACGUUCAAGGAUUAUUGCAUGCUCGAUGUUGGCAAAUAAUUAUUAUAUCAAGUACAAUUUUUCUCUCUCGUUGCCGAGUAAUAAAUCACCACUACCAAGUAAUAAGAAAAAAAAAAAAAAAAAAACAACAACAACAACAAUAAUAAUAACAAUAUCGAUAUCGAUAAUGAUGAUUUAAAAAAACAAAAUAAUAAAAAAAUGAUACAAAAAAAGUUAGUAUUAACCACGAGCACGCUCCAUCCAGAUAUUUACACGUCCAAUAAGCUAUAUACGAAAAAUUUAACUUGAGCAAAAAUAAAAGCUGAAAUCAGCGGAGUAGAAUUUUUAUCUAUACCUAAAUAAUUAAUAUUUCGAUAAAUAAAAAUAAACCUGUAUAUGAUAACAACAACAACAACAACAACAAAUAUCCUAAACACACAAGCGUCAAAUAAUUAUUAUUUUUAUUAUCAUUUUAGUUAGGUUACUUGUUAUUGCUUUUUAGCAAUUAUAUAUGUAUAUGAAUCCGCGACAUGAGAGUGGAAAAUCACACACACGAUGAUGGUGUGUUAUAAUGAACGAAAAUAUGUGUAUUCCGUAUACUCGCACGAAAAUCACCAAUUUAUUCAUCAUGCGUUACGUGAAGAAUGAAAUGACAUUUCUCUGUAUGUAAGAAUAAAAAUUCAAGUUAAAAUUAACUUUUGAGCUAAGCAUUAAAAAAAAUUAUAAAAAAAAAUUUUAAGCAGCUUUGACCGCUCUUAGUCUCUUCUUUGCCAUUCCGAAUGUUAAUUUUUGUAAUAUAUUUUUGUGUACCUAUAUGCAGGCGAAGAAAAUACUUGGUGUUUUUGAUGAAAAAAUGUUUUUGUAGGAGUUGUUAAAAAAAAAAAAAAAAAAAAA